AUGGAAGUCAACAUUUCAAUGCCUCUGAGUGGAUCAGAAGUUGUGUUUUAUGAGUCUACCACCUCAAGAGUUCUAUGGAUCCUCUCAUUAGUGGUUCUCUCUAUAACCUUUGUCCUCGGUGUUCUAAGUAAUGGGCUUGUGAUUUGGGUGGCUGGGUUCCAGAUGGCACACACUGUGACCACUGUCUCUUAUCUGAACUUGGCUUUGAGUAAUUUCUCUUUCAUGGCUACUCUACUACUUCACAUCAUCUCAAUGGUCAUGAGAGGAAAAUGGCCUUUUGGUUGGUUUCUUUGCAAAUUGGUUCACAUAAUUGCAAACAUAAACCUUUUUGUAAGUAUCUUCCUAAUCACUCUUAUUGCCAUGGACAUUUGAGUCCUGUGCCCAGUAUGGUCUCAGAAUCACCGAACUGUGAGUCUGGCCAGAAAAGUGGUUGUUGGUACUUGGAUAUUUGCUCUGCUGCUUACCUUGCCACAUUUUCUCUUCUUGACUACAGUGAGAGAUGCAAGAGGGGAUGUGUACUAUAUAUCUAAAUUUGAAUCCUGGGUUGCAACCUCUGAAGAGCAGUUAAAGGUGUCUGUUAUGUCUGUUAUUGCUGCCACAGCUUCAGGAAUCAUCAAUUUCAUUAUUGGAUUCAGCAUGCCCAUGUCUUUCAUUGCUAUAUGCUAUGGACUCAUGGCUGCCAAGAUCUGCAGAAGAGGCUUUGUGAAUUCCACUCGUCCUUUACGUGUCCUCACUGCUGUAGCAGUUUCCUUCUUUGUCUGUUGGUUCCCUUUUCAAUUAAUUAUGCUUUUAGGCAACAUCUUUAACAAUGAGACACUGAGCAUUAUUCAUAUGUUGGUUAACCCAGCAAAUACCUUGGCUUCCUUCAACAGCUGCCUCAACCCAAUACUCUAUGUAUUCCUGGGUCAGGAAUUCAAAGACAGACUAAUCUAUUCUCUGUCUGCCAGUCUAGAGAGGGCCCUGAGGGAAGACUAA